UAUGCCUGGUUCGACAACUGCUAUACGGCAAGAGAGACUUAAAAAGGCAGGUGUGAGGCCAAACACGCCUGUUCUGUUUACAAUUAACGAAGAAGAUGAACAGCAAAAGAAUGGCAAUUCCAAGAAGCAGAAAGUAUCUGAAAGCUCUAAAUUACAAGACAAAAAAGCUGCUUCAUCCAGCCGCCCUUCCUCUGCUGCUUUAGGGCUGAACACAAACAACACUGGCGCUAGACCAGACUCUGCGCCCGUUCUAAAAGUAGAUGAAAGACAACGGCUUGCUCGAGAAAGGAGGGUGGAACGGGAGAAAGUCUUAGCGGCAAGAGAACUUGCCUGGAUAGAAAAAGAAGAGAGAGCAAGGCAAUAUUACGAGAAACAUCUAGAGGAACGCAAAAAGAAAUUGGAAGAGCAGAGGCUAAAAGAAGAAAGGAGGAGAGCUGCAGUUGAGGAAAAACGAAGACAGCGGCUAGAAGAGGACAAGGAGCGACAUGAAGCUGUUGUUCGCAGGACGAUUGAAAGGAGCCAGAAACCAAAACAGAAGCAAAACAGAUGGUCCUGGGGAGGUACACUGCAUAGCAACAGCAGCAUUAAUACCACAGGUUAUUAUGUUGAAUCAUCCUUCACCUUUCUCGAUUUAGCAGGCCUGGAGUACCACUUCAGACCUCUGGGUGGUGCUAGGAAACCCGAUCCAGACAGGCGAUCUGUUUCAACAAUGAACCUUUCGAAACAUGUUGAUCCAGUCAUUAACAAGCGGCUCUCCUCCUCAUCUGCAACAUUACUAAAUUCUCCAGACAGAGCUCGACGUCUGCAGCUAAGUCCGUGGGAGAGCAGUGUCGUUAGCCGACUUCUGACACCAACGCAUUCGUUCUUGGCCCGGAGUAAAAGCGCAGCCACCUUGUCAGGAGAUGCAGUUAUCCCCAUUUGUCCUCGUUCAGCAUCUUGCAGCCCCAUCAGCCCUCUCUCCUUCAAGGCCAUAAGCUGUCGAAAUCCAGCAGACAGAGCAAAACUCUUUGGCACGACACCUGAUGUUCGACGUAGGAGGACUACACAUUCGGCAGGGACUAACAGAAAAGAAAAGGAAAAGGGCCUUUCGGUGACUAAUCUGUCAUCUGGCAAAAAGAGAGCUCGUUCACCUUCAGCCUUCAGAAGUAAAUCAUCUGCUUGGCAUGCCUCCAGGUCUUUGCCUUUUUUGCCUGGGACACCCAGAAAGCUAACUUCACCACAGGUAUCAUCUAGAACCUCCUCUGCUCAACCACGCCCUCCUUCCCCUGGCAACAUCCGGCCUGUCAAAAAUGAACGCAAGCUGGAAAAUGAGAAAAAAGAUACACGGCGGGAACCUGAGAAGAUCAUGGAAGAAAAGAAAGACCAAGGAAAAGCAACCCCAGCUCCCAGCAUCGUUGCAAAUGAAAACCUACCUUGCAAUCAAGAAACCACCCAGAUUGCUCCUACAGUUCUGCCUUCUGCUCCUUCUGCUCCUUCAGCGGGUUUGCUGUCUCCUGUCUCUAGCAAACCUUCUGCAGGGACAACAGACCCAGAAGAAGCGACCAGGCUCCUUAGUGAAAAAAGGAGGCUGGCCCGAGAACAACGGGAACGGGAGGAGCAACAAAGAAGAGAGAAGGAAGAGACUGAAAGGCAAAAGAAGGAAGAAUUGGCCCAGAAGAUUGCUGAAGAAAGGGCCCGCAGGGAGGAAGAAGCUCAGAAAUUGGAGGCUGAGAGGAAACAAAGGGAAACAGAACAAGAGCAAGAGAAAGAAGAGCAGCUGCGUCUGCACCGCUUAGCUGAAGAAAAAGAGCAGAAGGACAGAGAAGAAAUGGAGCAGCUUCAAAAACAGAAAGAAGAGGAAAUGAGGUUACGAGAAGAGCAGAUUCGGGUAGAACGUGAAAAACAUUUCCAAAGAGAAGAACAGGAGCGCUUAGAAAGGAAGAAGCGCUUGGAAGAAAUUAUGAGAAGAACUAGGCGAACAGAAGCUGCAGAAAAAAAAUCAAAUGAACAGCAAAAUGGAGAAAUAACAAAGGAAAGAGCAAGCAGCCCUACAUCUCCGUUAAGCCCCAUCAUGGGCUCUCAGGUUCAACAUGUGCCAGAAUCUCCACGCAACGGUGAAGUGGUAACCCAUACACAUGUGCUCAUAUCUCAUGAACCCACAGUCAACCUAGACAGUAAUCUUAACCCAGGAAAACAUCCAAAUGAAAAUGGAGUCACUAUGCAGAAUGAAAACUUUGAGGAGCUCAUCAACUUACCCAUGGGAACAAAAACAUCCAGAUUGGAUGCCAUGAACAACGAAGAAAAGGAAAGUGCUGCCAUUCCUUUGACCCCCAUUUUGGCCUUUGAAGAGAAGGGGACACUAGGGCCGUUGCCACAGGUAGACAAUGUUCAGACACAUCAAACAGCAGAAGUGGUCUGAUUCCCACUAAUGAAUUACCAAAGGCAAAGUAAAGGUCUCUGGCACAAGUGGAAUUCCUUCCAUUCUAUGAAGGAGUGUUGUCCUUUUCGCACUCUUGAAUUUUCUACAGAUUGCUUGGACAUCCCUGUGUUAGUUUGUUUUUUAAAGACCAUAGUAAAACCAGCAGAAGAAUUUAUCGGGAAUAGACUUGGAUUAUCUUUCUAUCAAAUAGAUCUCAACACUAGGAAAAUCAUGUUUCAUCUUUCAUAAUUUGCUUUUAUCUGGCAAGUUCCUUCGGUUAGCAUAAUGGCUAUUUUCUGCAUUCCUGAAGAGAGAAAAAAGAUUAACUGGAUUCUAACAAUAAUGAGUUGAUUACUGGGAUAAUGGACCUGUUGGUUUGGUUUUGAAGGUGGGUAUUUGGUUUUUAAAGGUAUAAUGUAAAAUCAGAGCUGAAUCUUUUUACAUUUUACUGAUUGAAUACUUGAAAAGUAAAUGCCUCAGUGCUCUACAAGUAGGGCUACUGGGGUGUUGUUUCUUUUAUUUAAACCUGUUGGUUUAAAUAUUAUUGCAGAGAACUCUUAAUUAUGGGGGCAAAAUAUAGGCUUCUGUAUCAGGUUCUUGUAAAUGUAACUCCUACAUGGACAUUCUGUAUAUUUAGGCAUCACUACUGUCUUCUUUCAUUUGCUCUUGAAAAUAAAAUAAUAUGACAGGUUUUAAAAUGUGAAAAAUCGAAAGCAUUAUUUUUUCAUGGAUGAAAUGAAAACCUGUUGUUGUUCUAGAUAAUGUAUUUAUUAAUUUUGUUCCGUACAAAAUAAAUCAUAGAAAAAUGUGAUAAAAACUUA